AUGGUCCAAAAGGCGAUGAAGUUCACCCCGAAAGUGCUGCUGUCGGCGCCACGGCGCUCAGCAGGCAUUCCCAAUCCCUCCGGCACCAAAGCUCUUUACACAUUGUCCACGUACAGCUUCGAGACCCACAAGAAGACCAUUGAGCUGAGAGUGCUCGAUGUCGACUCUGGUGAAUCUCACGAACUGGCCAAGAAUGACGAGAUCUCCGAUCUGAACUGGCUGAACGAGGAUGAGUUCGCGUGCUUGCAAGCUGAGAAGGACGGGAGCACGAGUUUGUAUGUGGCGAGUGUGGCGAAGGUCAUCGAGAAGACAGAGUUUGGCAAAAGCCACUAUGUUGCUGGUAAGAUUGAGGGACCUGCGAGCAACUUGAAGGUAAAGAAGUUGCCGGGCGACGAGGGAUAUGCAGUGGUUGUGAGUGCGCAGGCUAAUGCAGAUGGCACAUUGUUCGAUCCAAACAAGGCCAAGCAGACCCAUGCCACUGGCAAACUGUACACUGGACUGUUCGCCAGGCACUGGGAUACGUGGGAGUCGAAGCAGAAGAAUGCUUUGUUUUAUGGCAAGCUUAGCAAGACCGCUGGAAAGUAUGAGCUGUCCGGAUUGAGGAAUGCCUUGACCAACACUGGUUUGGAGAGCCCCAUAAAGCCUUUCGGUGGCACCGACAACUUUGACAUCAGUGGUGGUAGCAUCACAUUCGUGGCAAAGGAUCCGGGUCUGAACCCUGCACUGAACACCAAGUCCAAUGUCUACAUCACGAGCAUCGAAUCGUGGAGCGGCGAUAAACGCAGCAUGAUCAAAGUAUUGAUUCCUGAUUAUGAAGGCGCAUCUUCGAGCCCAGCCUUCAGUCCAGACGGCAGUACACUGGCCUUCCUAAGCAUGAAGACGGGAGGCUAUGAAGCGGACAGGAACGACAUAUUCUUGCUGCACCUUGACCCGACCGAGUCUAGUAGUAAGCAAGCUACGCCUGCGAAGCUCUCGAUACAAAGUGAUGCCAAGAACUGGGAUCGUAGUCCGCAAUCUAUUGUGUUCUCCGCUGAUGGUCGAUCACUACUCGUCACAGCAGAAGACGUCGGCACCAGUAAAGUGUACUCAAUCUCAGGUCUACACUGGAACAGGACUAUCCGACCACUGACCCAGCAUUCUUACAUCAGUGACGUCCGGCCACUGGCGAGCGGAAAGCUAUUCGUCUCUGGUAGCUCGAUAACAGAAAACUCCUUCUUUGCGAUCGUUGAUCCACUGAUCCCAGAUGGUAGACUGGACUCGUUGAUCACAUGGACCAACUCUAACUCAGGCGAAGGCAGCAAGUUUGGCCUGAAGUCAAAACAGGUGUCGUCAAUCUGGACACCGGCCAGUAAUCCAAAAGUGAACAAGGAAGUUCAUAGCAUCGUCGUCAAGCCUAGCAAAUUUGACAGCAGCAAGAAAUAUCCUGUGGCAUAUAUCAUUCAUGGUGGACCUCAAGGAGCCUGGGGCGAUAGCUGGUCGACACGAUGGAACCCAGCUGUCUUUGCUGAGCAAGGAUACAUCUGCAUCUGUCCCAACCCUACAGGCAGCACUGGCUACGGCCAAGCUUUCACGGAUGCCAUUCGUCGCAACUGGGGUGGCGAUCCAUACCAGGAUAUUGCGAAUGUUUUUGAGUGGGUUGGGCAAAAUAUGCCCGAGGCUGACAACGACCGAGCCGUCGCUUUAGGUGCCAGCUACGGAGGCUACAUGAUGAACUGGAUCCAAGGUCACGACCUAGGCCGCAAGUUUAAGUGUCUUGUUUGCCACGACGGCAUAACUAGCUUCGCAGGAGGCAUGCUGGCGACUGAAGAACUUUACUUCCCCUUCUUCGAUCUCGGCGGUACGCCUUGGUUCGACCCAGGCUACAAGCCCGCUCCUGGCGACCCUUCAUCAGCAGCGCAAGGGCACAAGAACUUUGGAGCUUCUGUUCUGUCGGAUUGGCGCAAAUGGGACCCAAGCGAGCACUUCGUCAACUGGUCAACACCACAACUGGUCAUCCACAGCUCCAAGGACUACCGUCUGCCCAUUGCAGAAGGUCUGGCCGCUUUCAACGUCCUGCAGAGCAGAGGCGUUGACAGCCAGUUCCUGCACUUCCCAGACGAAAAUCAUUGGGUCCUGAAGCCGGAGAAUAGUCUCCUCUGGCACAAAGUCGUCCUGAACUGGAUUAACAAAUACGCUGGUCUGGAAGCAUAUGCUGCGGAGGAGCAUGAUGGUGAGGAGUUCUAUGGUGGUGUCAGAGAGGAUGAAGAGGAGGUGGAGGAGAUGCCCAGCCAAGGUAAAGUGGAAAUGUGA